CGGCAAUUCCGUGAACAACCCCCCCCGCAUUCAACCACCUGCCAUUAUACUGCGAAGGGUAUCUCUCCGGUGGGAGUCCAUCCAACUUGAUGCACCAACGCGAGGAAUCCCCGUGGGGUGCAAGGCUUGGCAGCCAAAAUGCCAUCUAUAUAAAGGGUUGACAACGGUGCUGUACUGAGCAUCCUCAGCUGCAGACUCCAACCAACGUGAAGAUGGAGCCCCGAUCAAUCAUCACCCGCCUGUUGACGGCCCUGCUCGGGUUGUGGGCCCUCUUGCCCACCGCUGGGGCCUAUACCAACCCCAUCCGCAACCCCGGAGGCUCCGAUCCUUUCCUCGUUUACACCGGUGGUUACUACUAUCUGAUGACCACCACCUGGACCGAUCUCGAGAUCAGCCGAGCCACCACCAUCGAUGGGCUCAAGACCGCCACCAAGAAGGUCGUCUAUUCCACCUCCACCGCCGGACGCUGCUGCAACGUCUGGGCCCCCGAGGUUCAUUACCUGGGCGACAAGUGGUAUAUCUACUAUACUGCUGGGGAGACCACUGACCUAGACGGCCAGCGGCUCCACGUCCUCACAGGCGGAUCGACUCCUUGGGAUGACUACACCUACACUGGCCAGCUGUCGGACGAAUGGGCCAUCGACGCCACCGUUCUCCGCACCAACGAGUACGGCAACUACCUGGUGUUCUCCUGCUUCCACGGGGUGACCUACCAGUCGCUCUGUAUCCAGAAGCUCGGCGACGACUAUGUCUCGGUGACGGGCAGCAUCUCCGUCAUCUCGGAACCGACCGAGGACUUCGAGACCCACGGCACCCCGGUCAACGAGGGCCCUGCGGCCUUGUACGUCGGGGGCACCACGUAUCUCGCCUACUCGGCCUCGUACUGCUGGACGGCCUACUACUGCGUGGCCCUGCUGACCUGGGACGGGUCGACCGUGCCGACCUCCGCCAGCGCCUGGAUCAAGGGCGACAAAUGUGUGCUGUCCUCCGCCAACGGCAACUACGGCACGGGCCACAACAGCUUCUUCCAGAGUCCCGAUGGCUCCGAGACCUGGAUCGCGUACCACGCGUCCAACAACAGCUCCGGCGCCUGCGACGACACCCGCCACACGAUGGUGCAGCCGCUCAGCGUCAGCAACGGCAAGCCGGUGUUCCAGACCCCGGCCGCCUUCUCGACCGUGUUCAGUGAGCCCAGCAGCUGAGCGGUCAGCAGCGGAGUGGGGGGAUAAUGGCUUUCUUGCUGUGUUAUGAUUUCCUGUACAUACCUUCGCUUGAUGAUGCUUUCGGUCCGAGAGAGC